AUGCGCAUCCACGAGAGCGGAAUUGACCGCAACCUCGACACACCCACCCCGCCGAGCCCCAAUCCCAAUUCAUCACCUUGCGCACCCACCAACCACUCCUCAACCGACAUCGACGCCACCGACUCUACCACCCCUCACUCUUCCCCGUCCUCCUCCUCUUCCUCCUUCACUGCCACAACGACGGCCACUCCGGCGUCUGUAGCGCACGACUUCACCACAGCCGCACCUGCCACAACAACAGGCACAGCCCCUACAUCCUACAUCGUCAGAGGUGAGGGCCAGGACUACAUCUGCCCUCACUGCUAUCGCACCUUCACUUCACGCAUCGGCCUGGUCGGUCACUUGCGAAUCCAUCGCACAGAGACUGGCGAACCAGUGCCUGGCACACCAACCUACACCCACCGCACUCGCCUCCACUGCCCACACUGCCCUUGCACCUUCAUGCAUCGCAUGGUCUAUUCGACCACAUGCGCAUCCACGAGAGUGGAAAUGACCACAAUUCCGACAUACCCACCAAAUCCAGCACAUCCACCACGCCCAGUCCCACCCUCGCUCCAUCCGCCUGCGCCACCACCACCACCACCACCGCCUCCUCUGUAG